AAAUAAUAGCAAAGCAAUCAAUCACCCACGUUCACUAACCUUCUUCCUCUACCGCAAAAAAGAGAUCGGAACCUCUCUUUCUCAAUCAGAAUACCGUUCUCCGUAGAUCAGAUCUAUUCGACUUCGUUACAGUAAAAAUGGCUCCAUUUAGCGGCGAUGAAACGGCACCGUUUUUUGGCUUCCUUGGAGCCGCAGCUGCCCUCGUCUUCUCAUGUAUGGGAGCUGCCUAUGGCACAGCAAAGAGUGGUGUGGGAGUGGCUUCCAUGGGUGUGAUGAGACCGGAGCUGGUGAUGAAGUCUAUUGUACCUGUUGUUAUGGCUGGUGUUUUGGGUAUUUAUGGUCUUAUUAUUGCUGUUAUUAUCAGUACUGGGAUUAACCCCAAGGCUAAAUCUUAUUACCUUUUUGACGGUUAUGCACAUCUCUCCUCUGGUCUUGCCUGUGGGCUUGCUGGGCUCUCUGCUGGCAUGGCUAUUGGUAUUGUUGGUGAUGCCGGUGUUAGAGCCAAUGCACAGCAGCCAAAACUUUUUGUUGGAAUGAUUCUUAUCCUCAUCUUUGCUGAAGCUCUUGCCCUUUAUGGUCUCAUUGUUGGUAUUAUCUUGUCGUCACGUGCUGGCCAGUCUAGAGCCGAAUAAGAAAACAGCUGUGUUGCAAAAUAUUCUUUGACCACCAACCUUCUUAUUAAGAAAGUGUGGGGUGAAUUUUUAGUUGUGCGGUUAGUGAUGUGUUUGGACACCACUUGCGAUAUUUAACAAAUACUUGUGAAAGCAAUAGCUCCACCUGUCAUUUGAUGGUGUUUGUAUAAGUAGUCUAUCUUUUGCUUAAUAAAGCUUUUUAAGCUUGUUCCUUUUUUAUUUUGAAAUGUGUCAUGCCAUAUUAUAUGAGCCUACUUUGUUUUUGCUACCGCUGAAACUAGUGCUUGUAAUGAUUUAGUUGCAAAUAGAACUUGUAUGCAUUUGUUGAUCUUUUCAUAUUGGAUGCAGGAUUACUGCUA